AUGGUGCGAUGGGCAGCUGGGUGGAAUCCGGCGGUGGGCGCUCGCCUCACCCAUUUCUUCCGCAGCAAUCUGGGAAGGCGCGUCAUGUCUCUUGUCCGCCUCCUCUUCGAUCGCCAUGGCUUGGAGGUUGAGGAGGAUGGGAUCGUGGAUCAUCCCACAGAGUCGUGGUUCUUGGACGACGCGGGGUGGAUCCAUGGCGGCACGGUCUCGGAGCUCAAGUGUAGCAUCUGGAGCGCGGUCAUCUUCCACAUAUUGCACGCUCCGGUGCCCGAUGCCGUCUUGCGUCUCUUCAUCGCCAACGCUUAUUUCUUCCAGCGCCAGCAGCAGGAUCCUCCCACCGAUGGGCGCCAGGAUUUGCCACUUUGCUCCGAGUUCCUGUGCUGCAACUACGUCUUGUCCAAGCUGGACGAGUUGAUGGCCGCGGAUGCUACGACGACUGAGUGGGAGGAUCAAGAGGAGACACUGGCGCGUCUAACACGAUCUGCGAGCGUGAUGGCUCGUUUUUUUCAUGGCAAAACACCCCAAGGCGACUUACUGGAUCUUUUGGACGUGACCAAGAUCUUCUCGGGCGCAACCGGCAGUCCCUCGUUUGGCUCGCGCUACUAG